AUGUGCAGUGUUUGGUUUGUAGUGAAAUUUGACUGCACUGGCUUGGACGACGGUGUUUAUGUGGACGGUUGUUCUAACGUGUACUGGUUUUGUGCUGGUGAAACCGCAUCGCUAUCAAAGUGCCCGAAGGAAAUUGCUUAUACAGUGCUGGAACCUUAUGAGAAGCGAGACGCUUGUGAGAAACGCGAAGAUGGUGAGUAUGCCGUUUCAAGAUGCCAUAGCAAGUAUCUUCUCUGUCUCAGUGGCAAGGCUUUGCUUGUCAGAUGUCUUCGUGGGCAGUUAUUCUCUCAAAAACACGGCUACUGCGUCAGUGUAAACGAAAUGCCGCACUGUUUCAUAAUCCAGAAGGUCACCGGAGCAAACUUAAGUGCACAGUAA